UAACAAUGAUGUACACAGCAUUUUUGUAUAUAUAAUGUGCAAUAGAAAACUUCUUAAUCAACUGUUUUCAACUACUCCAUCAUAUAUCCACAUUAUGUUAGCGUUAUCACCUCCUCUAUUCUCAACAAUUGGAUGGCCCUUUGAGGAGCCUAUAAGUCAUAACCAGCAGGAUUACUUUUACAAAGCAACCGAUCAAUUAUUUAAUUUUCAUCAUCUAGUUGAGGAAGAAAAUUCAACUCCCUCACAAGCCACAAGCAGCGACCUUAGCAUGGUCAAGAAACUUAUCCACAAUGCUAGUGAACGAGAUCGCCGCAAGAAAAUCAAUACUUUGUAUUCUUCACUUCGUUCACUUCUUCCUGUGGCAGAACAGAUGAAGAAGUUGAGCAAUCCAGCAACAAUUUCACGAGUCCUAAAGUACAUACCUGAGUUACAGAAGCAGGUAGAAGGACUACUUACGAGAAAGGAGGCGAUUUUAUUGAAACUAUCUCCACAAGUAGAUGAGGUGAAGAGUAAAGAAUCUGAAAGGAAGAAACAUAGUAAAAACUCUGGUUUUGUAGUUUCGACAAGUAGACUCAAUGAUAGUGAGGCUGCUAUUCAGAUUUCAUCUUACUCCAUCCACAAAAUUCCAUUAUCUGAGAUCUUGAUGUGUUUAGAAAAUGAUGGCCUUUUGCUGCUAAAUAUUUCUUCCUCUCAAACCUUUGGAGGGAAGGUCUUUUAUAACUUUCAUUUCCAGGUGGAUAAAGAACAGAGAUUAGAAUCCGAGAUUUUCAGUGAGAAGCUCUUAGCAAUAAUUGAGACGAAGGGGAAUUUUCAAGUCAAUUGAAAUUAGUUACAUUGGCUUCAAUUAUGAUCAAUAAUCAAAUGAACUGUACUGCUCUUAUAUGGAAUUAGAUGCCUAUUAGUUUGUGCAUAUAUGUUAGAAGCAUGAAUUUUAUUGGUCAUUACAUUAAAACUGGUAGAAGGAGGGUAGUGCAUAUUUUUUAGAAACUUUUAAUAUAUUAUGAUGACUAGUAUAUGUGGAAACCUAAAUGUUAGACUCGACCUCUGUAACCAAGCGAAGCAACAUAUAUGAUCUCUCUUUCAUUUUAUUACAAAGAGAAAGCAGAAGUAUAUGUGAUAGGAUGUUGUAGUAAACAAAAUGGAUAGUGGAUUGGUUGUUAUACAAUUCACUAACACGUCCAUAUGAUGUACGCACUAAUAUUAUUAUUUUGCUAUAUAUUGAUAUAUCAUUAUCAUUUAUGUA